UUCCAUGCCGCGACCUCUGCCCCGCGAGUGAUCGAGUUCCUUGUCGGUAUGCGCCGUUCGUGAGUCGGGGGAUACCUCCCGCUGGCCCUCCGCGCCCUACUUCUGCAGCGUCAGGGUCCAUUUCAGAUCUCCGCAGGAACAGCGCAGAGAUUACUAUCAUGACCUUAAAAUAAUCGCCCAGGCCUUUUCGACGAUCUGUCCUCUACGUCGGCUUUCUCUCGUGCCUGGGAUUCUGAUCUCUUCCCGCACUUCUGUGGCUCCGAAAGCAGCAGCACGACGGAGGGAGGCCUCCGACGGAGCGCGAGGGUAUCCGAGAAGAAAAGAGAAGUAAAGAGAAGCGGUGUGGCGAGACCGAGUGCGGCGGCGCUGGUGGUCCUGAUAACUGGGAGCCGGUGGCCGAUUGAACCAAAGGGCUGAGAUCUGCAGCCUGCCUGCCCAUUAUAGCUCCGCAUCUUGCGGGCUGAAGCUUGCUGGAGAAAGCCCGAGCCUCUGGCUGGGUAGGGAGGGAGGAGGGGUGGACCUGGUGCUGCUGCUGCUGCCUGCCGCAUUGCCACAAGUCCAGACAAGGAUAGCCCAGGACAGAGCUAGAGCUUUAUGUGGGUGGGGCGGUAAUGGUCCAUUUUCACCUGAUGCCGAAUGGAAGGGAGGGAACUGAGGGGAGUCCAGGAGUUGCAGUCGUUGAGGUGAAGGAUUGAGUGUGAGAAAGAGAGAGAGAUAUAGAGAGGGAGAGAGGUUAUCACCAGCUUUGAUAUCGAUCGGUAAAGUAAACGAAGACGACGCCCCCGGUGAAAGAACGUGCUGGCGCCCGGAUGGUGCAGGAUGGAGGUCCAAGCAGAGAUGAAGAUUGGUUAGCGUACGUGGUUGUGAUCUUGUUGGCUCUGGUACUGUUCCUCGGCGGCAUUAGCUUCUACCUUCUGCUGCCGAGUAUCGAUGGCGACUCUGUUGUUGCAACGCACUGAUUCAGGGUCGGGGUGCUAGACGUGCCGGAGGCGGUGGUCGUAGGCGGGUGCCUCUCCUCCCGCAUUCUUCUUACUGUCAGGGUUGAGAGUGGGAAUAGAGCGCGGAGGAGCGCUGCGGAGCGUAGUUGCUGAUUGGGAAGAAUUAUUGCUGCCCCGACCUGCUCGCCUGUGGCGGGACAUUGCGGUGCUCGCUGGAUUGCGGAGGAGUAGUGGUUUGAGGGCGCUAACGUCCCGGUGGCUGUGUGGGUGGCACCUAAUGAAAUGAGAACAACCAACUGGUUGCCGUGUAGGACAUGGAGCGAAAUUUCCAUGGUUCUCGAUGCCAGGCUUCUUUUCUCGGCUGCGCCACUCGUUUACUGAUAUGCCGAGGCCCGGAAGAUGAAGCAGAAUUCAUAGCAGAGGAGAAGCGUGGAGAUUGCGUGCUUAAAUUGCGUGAGGGGAUCUCGUAUUUUGAAUCUUUUAGUGGCGACAGAGCUUGCCCAUUAUGACUGACAUACUUCGACGAGGAGGAGGAGGAGCUGGAGUAGGAGGAGUGGCGAUGGCAGUUACAGAGUCGAUGCAAACAGACAACAACUUCGGCAGAAGCAACAUCAUCAACAACAACAGCACCAAUAACAAUGGAGAGUAUUGGAAUGAUGUUAACAACCAGCUGAGCCCUGUACGCAAACAUUUGAUCAACACGUACCUUCAGGUUCAGGAUGAUGAGGCUCUGCCUCUUUUGGGUGAGUAUUUCGGAGUCGCUCUGUCCUUCAUGGCUCUGGGAGCGUUGGUCAGAGCAUCGAAUUCCUCCAAGAAGAGGAGGAAGAGUAUAUCCGACGAAGAGCGCCUUGAUCUGCGAGCAUGCUCCAGAUUUCAAAGGAUGGCAUUGGAGUCCAUGCUCAGAGAGGCGAUGGAGCGACUGAGAGGGCUGGCACAGACUGCAUAUCAGACGGAAGAGAGAGUGAGGGAUUUGGUUGACGCUGAGGUGGAGAUGGACAAAGAGAAGAUUGUUCUGCUCAGCAGAGUUGAGGAUGCCGAAAAGGCAGUGCAAGAGCUGAGAGGAUUGAGGAAAGCCGAGGGACGGGCCAAUGAGAGGGUGAUGUCAAUCGUUGCUGCGAAGGAGCAGGAUUGGUUGAAGGAGAAGAGGAGUCUCCAGAAGGAGAUUGAUAGAUUGAAAGAAAAUUUGAACACUGUUUGCAGAGAGGUGAAGUUUCAAUCUAGGAGAUGUAGGAGUCCAACUUGUGAACACUGCAAAGGCAUAGAGAGAGUUGUUAGAAACGUUCGUGGGAGAGUCUCUCUUCGAGAACUUAAUUAUAGAGAAAGCUCUGCUCAUGUUUCUUCUAGACGCGAGGCCGCAAAGGUGGAGCAAAUUGCGGAGGUCGAGGAAGUUGAAGAGGAGAGAUUUUUGAUAAAAUCCAUGGAACAAAAGAAGAAGCGGAGCGAACAGGCAGGACAUCUUCAGGUCCAAACUAAGGUGGAGAAGCACGUCGAAUGGACCGGAACAAGUAGUUCCGUCAAUCCAUCAGGUGGAAGUGCGGGUGGUGCAGGUCAGUCUAUGAACAAAGAGCUCAUCGCCAAGCAGCAACAGGAUGUGGAGAGUGAGUUAGCCAACAUCCUAAAGAGAGUCGGUCAGUUGAAGCAAAGAUCUCACUCUGGUGGUGCUACAUCUUCUGAGCAGCUAAACGCAACCCGGGAGAUUAAGAAUGUUGCUGCAUCUUCUGUGCCGACUGCAUCUGCGGAGAGUAGAAGUAUCACUCCGGAAGAAGCCGAAGAUGUUAAGUUUUUUAGUGAGAAAGUAGUUUCUGAACUAUUGAAAGAGGAAACAGUAGAGGUAGAGCGAGCGCCAAGCAGUCUUCUUUCUGACGUUAGUGGCCAGAAUUUUGAGCUAGGAGAUGAUUUAACCACUGGCCUUCUAUCAUUAGAGCAGGAAGCUCUUCUAUCUGUCGAAGAAGAUCCUGAUCUGUUGGAGCUAGAGAAGGCUUUUGAGUUUCGAGAAGAAGACCUUGGAAGUACGGUAUCUUGUGAUAAUGUCACUGAUGCUUCUCCUGGAGGCGCGAAGCGGCACGAUGAGCAGAGCCUUGCCGACGCUUGUGCUGCGGACACCACCACAGAAGCAGGAAUCUUAUUCGAUGAAGAUAGUGAGAUUGCCGAAUUCGAGAGCCAUUUGAGCUCUGAUGUGGUAGUUGAGGAGAGGCUUGAAGACUUUUCUUACGAAGUCAAUACGACGAAGGAUCUCGUGAGUGGGGAAGCAGAAGCCGUUGCUAUUUCGCCUCGUGAUAUUGGCUCCGAGGAGGCUUCAAUGAGCACAAAUGCUGAAGUGCCGGAGGUGUUGGAGUCUGACUUGGCCCCUGGAAUGGGUUUCAUCGAAGAGGACACAGACGCACUUGGAGAUGAGGACCAGGAUUUGGUUUUGACAGCCGAUGAUGCUGUCAGUGAAUCACAUGAAAGAACCAGUUUAACUGAUGGUGAUGGAGAGGUACUCGGAGAUGCCGUGGUGGAACAGCAAGAGAUUGUCGGCGAGUUUGGGAACUCCGAGGAGUUUGGGAACUCCGAGGAGUUUGGGAACUCCGAGGAGACAGAAGAAGCAUCUACAGAUACAGUAAGUAUUGUUGAACCUGUAGUUGAUGGUGAACUGAGUGAGCCUGUGGAUAUACUCGAUGUCGCAACCAUAGAGACUCCGUUGCAAAUCGACCAGAGCACACCCGCAGACGCAAGCAGCAUGGAAGAUGUAUCCAGCAUCUCUUCACAGGAGAAUAUAGCCGGCGAUUCUUUAGAGCCAGUAGUUGCCCAAGAUGAUUGCGGUGAGGCCGCAAGUGAGGUAAGUUUGAGUCCUUUGGAUGAGGACAAGCCCCUCGCAGAGGAUGUCAAGGCGGUAGAUGCUCGAGACUCACCUGAACCUGAGCAAGUUUUGGAAAUGGUUGAAGUGGACAGUGGCACCGCUCUGCCCGAGCGACAAGAUGCACCCCUUGAGGAUUUCGAAAACUUGGAACCCUCUGGCACUCAAACAGAUUUGCCCGAACAUGAUCAAGAUGGUGCGACAACUGAAGAGAAAGGCGAUUUAGAUGCGGAGAUCCCGGUGUUCGAACGCGCAGACAGUGAUUAUUUGGCCGGAGAACUUCCUGAGCCUGAUGAGAAGCGUGUUUGCGAUUCUGGAGAGGCAGAUGUGGAUGUAGCUGGGAAUGACGAUUCUGUUGAAGACGUAUGUACGAUAGAAGAAAAGGAGGAGUGCGAAAACAAGAAAGUGGAUGAUGUAGUUCCACUCGGAGAGAGCGAACUCGCAACUACAUUUGAAAGCAUCCCUGAUCCACUGAAGUUGAACUCUGAAUUGCUGGAGAAGACGAAUCUUGUCAAGGAUACUUCGUCACUCCAGCCGCAGAAAUCAGGUGACGUCUCGGUGGACGUUGACUCUUCUCUUGGAGGAGAAUGAGGACUAAACGGAAACCGAAGAUAAAUCGAUGCAUACGUCUUAUUACAUUGACCGAGCUUGUGAAUCACACACAGAUUGACAUGACAUGGAGUCAUGUGACCAGGAAACCCGCGGUAUUACCUCGAUUAUACGGGGAAAGCUUUAGUUGACUCCAAGGUGCAUGCGCUGACUUGAGAGGAAGAAAUUGGCGAGGAAAGUUCCAGAGGAGAACAUCCCCUAGCUUUUUUCUCAGGUGGGCUACUAUGACAUGAGGUUGAUUUUUGGAUCCACACGUUGGAACAAGUGCCGUGACCGGAAGCGGCUACUAAACCCAUAGGGUUCAGCAAAGAAGUUUGGAGAGGCUUGGUUCUCUUCCUGUAAUAUAGAGUGACCUGAAAAUUACACAAUUUGUAUGUAAAGGGUUACCACUUUGAAGUGGCUAGUGCGGAUAAAGGUCUUCAAUAACUGCGAGAAGCACGGGUUACACAGGAGGAGGACUUCAUAAUCUUGUAGAUUUCCUUACGUAUGGCUUACUGCCAUGUACUAGAAAGUGGGAAACCAUGUCAUUCGGACAUUGGCAUUCAAGGGGCAGAUCAGGCCACUUUCUGCAAGGCCUUCUAAACUAACUUAUAUGAACAGUAGUAUAUAGAACCUACAGGUGCUAGAAUAGAUAGGUAGAAGGAUACAGACUUGGACGUGAGCGCAUCUAGAGAGUGCGAUGCUGGACGCGCAAUUCAACUCUUUUCUCACUUGAUGCUUUCUGUCUGAUAUUUAUACAAGGAAAAUCAUUUUUUCAGCGUCUCAGGUUGUUGUAGGUCCGAUUCAGGUUUAAGCACAUACAGUAGCUCUGGAGGUUUUGUCUUCUGCCUGGGUCGAGAAUCUUCCGAUGGCAGAUUUGUCUCUUUGAAGCGUGAUCUCCUCAAGCACGUCCCAUACUUGUUUUGCCUGGAGGAUGUGUAAGUUUUAGUUGACAGCG